UUUCCCCAAACCCCAAAUUCCUCCAAACCUCCACAAUAAUUUGAUGUUUCUUUAAAAAAAAAAUUCAAUCAGAAUCCUUUGCCCCCUCCAUGACCUGCACAGCCCGCGCCUCCGCGAAUCCAUACUACAACUUCCCUCAACUCCCCAAGCAUAUUCCAUACUCCUCCCAGCAAUCCAUCCAUCUGCCCGUCCCCGGCCCUUUUCUCCCCAAUCACCUCUUGCUUCAUUCUUUCCAGUCCGCCCGGCAAAACGCGCUUCCCGGACCAGAAAAAAAAAACAAAAAGCAAAAAGCAAAAAGCACACAAAAAGAACCCCGGCGCUUGCCACCCCCUUCUGCCCCCUAGUUAGCCGCCGGCGCCCGCCCACAAAAUGUCGUGGUUUGCCGCCGACCCCGCCGCGGACUUGGACGCCCGGAUCGAGGAGGCCACGUCCGAGGCCAUCCCCAACGGCGAGAUGGACAUGGCCGCGGCCAUGGAAAUCACGGACCUCAUCCGCAGCAAGAAGGUGCCGCCCAAACAGGCCAUGCGGUGCUUGAAGAAACGCUUGGCCAAGGUCUACGGCAACCCCAACACGUUGGCGGCCGUGCUCAAGUUGGCGGACGUGUGCGUCAAGAACGGCGGCGCACACUUCGUGGCGGAAAUCAACCUGAAGGAGUUCGUCGACUACCUCGUGGAGUACAUCUUCAAGGUGCACUACGACACCAAGAACUACCGCGUGUACUCGUCCGAGGCCAAGCAUGCGCUCGGCACGCAGAUCUUGCGCCUCGUGCAGGAGUGGGCCUUGUACCUCCAGGGCCAGCCGCAGGGCAGCUACGUGGCCCGGGCCCACGCGGCCUUGGCCAGCCAGGGCUACGAGUUCCCGGCCGUGGCCGCGCCGCUCGCCGCCAACGCGCGGAACUUCGUGGACUCGGCCGCGCCGCCCGACUGGGUGGACGGCCGCGAGUGCAUGGUCUGCUACACCCCGUUCCUGGUGAUGACCCGCAAGCACCACUGCCGCGCCUGCGGCGGCGUGUUCUGCCAGGCCCACUCCAGCCGCCGCAUGCCCUUGGUGGCGCUCGGCAUCCUCCAGCCCGUGCGCGUGUGCGACGACUGCUUCCAGAUCCACAGCCGCGCGGCGGGCCGCGCCGACGGCGCGCCAGGCCCCGCCAAACGCGACUCGGCCGCCCCCGCCCCCGCAGACGACGACGACGAGCAGCUCCGGCGGGCCAUCGAGUUGAGCCUCCAGGAGACGGGCGUGCAGGCCACGUUUGAGGCCGCCCAGCGGCCGCCGUCGCCGCCCCCCGGCCACGUGGCGCCGCCCCCGCCCGCCGACACCGACGCCGACGACGCCGACUUGAAGGCCGCCAUGGCCGCCAGCUUGGCCGAAUACCAGCAGGCCCGGGGCGCCGGCACUCGCCCUGCGGACCCGGGCCCGCUGGCAGAGCCGGGCCUGGACUUCUACCUGGGCAUCAUGCCCUUCAACACCACCGCGUACCAGAGCACGGGCUCCCUUCACGGUGGCCACCAGCCAGCACGGCCACGCCCGGACCGACAGCUGUCUGGCAUCCAGGCCUCUCAGCCCCAGCCCCAGCACCAGCACCAGCAGCCCCAGCCCCAGCACCAGCAGCCCCAGCCCCAGCCCCAGCGGCAAUCGCCUCCGCAGCCUGAACAGCUGCUGCGCCCAGCAGAAGACUUGUCGCCGCAGGAGGAAGACGACAUCAACUUGUUUGUCCAGCUCAUGAGCGGCAUCAAGAGCGACCCCGCCAAACAGGCCGGCAUCUUGUACGACCAGAACUUGGGCGAGUUGCAUGGGCGUGUCGUGCGCUUGAAGCCCAAGUUGAACCGCGCGCUCCGCUCGUCCAUCGAGAGACACGAGUUGUUCUUGGAAAUGAACAACAAGAUCAACUCCAUCACCCGCUUGUACGACCAGUUCUUGGACCACAAGCUCAGCCAGGCGUACAGCAAGCACAGUGUCUCGCUGCCGGGCGCCGCGUAUAGCCAGCCACUGCAAAAUGACGCGUCCCGCUACGCCCCGCUGUUUUUCGAAAAUGGGAACCGCCCGCUGGAGGCACACUCCCCCCAUGCUGGCUCGCAACUCGCCAGUCCACAGACAACGGGCUACCUGCUUCCAUACCAGGCCACGGCUCCCCAGCCCUUGUCCUACCAGCACCCGGAAUUUCCGCCCCAGCAGACCGCUCCCCAAGACGAGCAGUAUCAAACAAUUCCGCCGCCUGGCAUGUCUUAUCAAACCGCGCCACCUGAUGCGUCUCGCCAGCAACUUGCCCUGCACGAAACGGCCCACCAGCAACCGGCCCUACAUGAUAGAGCCCACCAGCAACCUGCCUCACAGGAUGGACCCCCUCUGCACAUAGGCCCACUCCGGAACACGUCUCAAUCUACAGGCCCCCAGGCCACGAGCAAAUACCCCCCUAUCGAAGAGAGUGACGGCCCGCGCGAGCAUGCGUCUGCCAGAUUUCCUCUGUUGCACGACUUGGGUCUUCCAGAGUUGGGGCUGGAGCUGGCCGCAGGCUUGAAGAGACUGACGACCAAUGAGUCGAGGAAAUUCAGGGCGGAGCCCGAGCCGCUCAUUGAGUUGUGA